CGGGUUGAAGCGCACGUCGUUGCAAUCCCUGAUCUACGGUUCCCAAACUUUCGUUUUCGAUUCUUGAAUCCGCGAUGGUUAAGUGUGCUAGAUGUAACGAAGAUGUACUGGAUGUUAUCCAGUGCAGCCGGUGCAAACAUUAUCUUGACUAUAAAUGCGCUGGGGUUACGGAGGGAGGAUGGCGUAAGUUAGGAGAGAGGCAAAGGCAGUGGAAGUGCCCCAACUGCAAAACUGCAGCUGCAAGUGGUGCCAGUCCCGCUCCACCUACUACUUCUUCUGUUGAGCCCCCCGUGGUCGCUGCAAAAACUCUAACCCUGGAGCACGUCAUGGAGGAGUUAAAUAAAGUGAAUGGGUCGCUUGCAGUUCUGUCGACUGUGGCGUCUGAUAUCAAGGAGAUUAGAAGCGAUAUCAGUGAUCUUAGAGCCACCGUUAAUCAGUAUGCUACGGAUAUCAAAAACCUGGAUGAGAGAUUAACAAAGGUCGAAGAAGCCCAUAAGGAAUUACCCGCUCUGAAAUCAAGACUUCUGGAGCUGGAAGAGUGCGUUAGUGAUACUGAUCAAUGGUUGCGGCUGAACAAUGUCGAAAUAAAAGGAGUGCCACAGAAAAAUCACGAAAAUCUAUUUGACAUUGUGUCAAAAAUCGGUAGCAAGAUAAUGUGCCCUUUAGCUAAUCCAGCGAUUAAUUUUGUAGCUCGUGUGCCCUCAAGGGAUAAUAGUUCUCGAGAUAAGUCAAUAGUUCUGUCAUUCAUUAACAGAUAUGUAAAGGAGGACUUCGUGGCAGCUGCGAAGCAGAACAGGACCCUUUGCCCAUUGGACUUAGGUCUUGAAGGGACGGGCAGAAUCUACGUAAAUGAUCAUUUGACGGUGCGCAAUAAAAUUCUACUGUCUAAAACGAAAAAACUAGCCCAAGAACACGAGUACGAAUUUAAGUGGGUAAAAAAUUCAAAAAUCUUCGUCAGAAAAAACACUUCCUCGCAAGUAAUUGCAAUAAAAAACGAAAAAGAUCUACUAAAAAUUCGAUAGUGAAAUUAUUUUGUUUUUUUGUCGUGUACUUAAAAAUAACUAUAUAUUUUAUACUCCUUGCUACGGGUAUCAAACAAGAAUUCCAUAGAGUACUUAUAAUUUUUUUACUUUGUAGAAUAUUUGAAUCUAAUGUUUGCAAUUAUU